ACGUGACUAUUGUCUUCCUGUAUGAAAACAAAACAAAAUAUCUAAAAAUUUAUUUUACUCUCAGAUUCUAUUUUACUAUCCUUAGGAUGCCUGUUCAUGCUGGCCUGGCAGUAGGAUGGAUUCUUUUUGGUGUCAUAUCAGCGUUAACAUUGGUAUUUUCAUUUCUGUAUAUCCGCUAUUACCAACACAAGUAUGACAAGGAACUGAGCAGUACAGUGACAUCUAUUUUAGCACUGUCGAUAUGUCUUGUGACGUCAGCUUUGGGUCCAGUUGACAUAUUCCUCGUUUCAUAUAUGAAAUACAGCAAUGGCACAUUUAAGGAAUGGGCUAACAUAACAGAAGAAAGAAAGUCCAUUGAAGAUACAGUUUUGUAUGCAUAUUAUGCAUUGUAUAUUUGUGUCAUGGUGUUUGUCUUCCUAUUCCUUCCACUUGUGUAUUUCUUCUAUGAAGAGAAAGAUGAUGACGUUCAGGUAUCCACAAAACAGAGAUGCUGUACUGCAAUGAAAUAUACCGCAGGAUUUCUUUUCAUGGCUACAAUACUUCUUGUCGUAGGCGCAUUUGCCCCUGUAAAGAUACCACCAAAUACCAACCAGACAGAGUGGAGGAAGAUUGAGUAUAUGUUCAAGGAGUUUGCAAGCAACAAUGGAGAAGAUGCUUUGUCAUUUGUGAUCAGUUGCCUGACUCUAAUUGGAUUGCUCCUUCUCAUUAUAUACACAGCUUAUGGUAUGUCUGCAUGGCCUAUUGACCUCCUAAAGGGAACCCAAAGUGCCAGUUCAGAAAGGAUGAGGGUCAUCGAUGAAAGAACUACCAACAGAACUAAAAUUGAAGCCAUAAGAAAUAAGUACAGUAACGGCAGGCCCAUGAGGCAAAGAGAUCGUAUCAAGAUAGCUGAGCUAGAGGAGACAGACAGGCUUAUGUCGAGGCAAGAGGCUCAGCUAGAGAGCAGAGAACUAAGCUGUCUGAGCAAAUGUUCUAUCCUCUUGAGGCCUGUUGAGAUUUUGGCUGGAAUUGUGUUUUUCCUAAUAGCACUUGUAGUGUUCGUUUCUCUGCUUUUGACAAACAUUGACAAGGUCAUGCACUCUUUAGGAUGGAGAAUGGGGUAUGCCUUACCCAAACGAACUCUACCCAACCCUGUAGAUAUCAUGCUUGUCUAUGCCCAAAUGAUAUUUCCACUAGACUACAUCAUUAUGUCUGGCAUCAUCCUUUAUUUCUUCUUCUGCUCUGUGAUGGGAAUCAGGAAGAUUGGUAUCUGGUUCUGCUGGCUACGGAUGUUCAAGAUCCGUCCAAGAAAGACUCGUCCCCAGGGCCUGUUGUUUAUGUGUAUGAUGUUAAUGUUUAUGGUGCUUGCAAUAAACAUCCUUACAUACAUGGUCAUGCCCCAGUACACUACAUAUGGAGGCCAGCACUAUUUGCAGCCUGAAAACAGAACUGCCAUUGACCCAGCCACCAACCACACUUAUAUAAAAAUAGUGUUGACUACACAGCCAUGUAACACCCACGCUAACACACAACUUAACACAGAUGUGUGUAUCAUGACAAGGAUGUCAUUUCUACUGACAAGAUUCUUUUAUAAAGUCUGGUUCUUUGGUGCAGCUUACUUCUUCGCCAGCUGGGGAUUCCUUGGGAUGUGUCUAAUAGGAUUCAUAGUGGCGUUGAUACGAAGGAGAAAGUCUGCUAUUGAUGGGGAAGUUGAUGAAGAUGACUUUGACAGUGUAGAUGAUGAACUAAUAAGAGCAUAACCAUGGUUAUAGAUACCAUAGUAACAUCUCAGUUAUCAAUGUACACAGUGUGAUCCUGAAGGUGUCGUGCCGUCAGAGUUGAACCUCUUUUGCUCUUGGAUGUGCGUUUACCUUUUUAUUGUAUAAAAAGAAGUAUAAGUAUAGUAAAACCUGUAUACCAACACUUCUCUAGAAUCUGAACACCUCUUAAUGUGAAUGAGUUCCUCAGUCCCAAUUUUGUAUAAUCUCCAACUGACUCGCACACACACUUGAAACACAUUUUGCCAGUACCUGUGGCAUUCAGAUUAGACAGGUUUUACUAUCCAUUUGGGUUGAUCAUAUGUAAUACUAGCAAUGUAAAAUAAAGCCUUUUCUAUUUAUUUAAUGUACAGUAUUUGAACAAUAACCACCAGGGUUAGUAUUUGGAACCACCGUGACUAUUUCAUCUUAAACAUUACACCAGUUUUUGUAAUAAUAAGAUUAGAUAGUACCAAAUAAAGUGCAAUAAAACUUAGCAUGAUUAAAUAAUCAGUUGAAAUUAAAUGUUUUCAUAAGCGGAUUAAAGAAUGUUUGAAGUGACUUAGAAAUCAUUGUGAUUUUAACAGCCUAUGUCAUAUUGCAUAAUAUGCAGAAACUACCAAUGAAGAUAACUCUGAUGUUUUAUUUGUUAUCCCACUGAAUGAAGUUGAAGUGGGGAUAUUAAGAGCCUGUUUUGCUAUCUGUCAGUUUGUCCAUCCAGGCACGGGCUUUCAAGAGAUGUAGGCAGUAAAUCAAAUACCAGUUAAAGGAUAUGGUUCAAAUUCUAAACUUAUGCAUGCCUUGUGGGCAUGGGACCUCUUAGAAAAGGAAAUCCCAAUUUUGCUGCUCUUAAUAUUCAAAGUGCCACAAUUUUUGUAAAGAGUGUUUUUUAAUAACUCGAAUAUUAGCUACCAGAUUUGAUUAAAAUUUAUAGACUGGUAGCUCUUAGGUCCUCUGCUUUCUAAUAUGGCUGCUGCUCUGAAUUCAAAAUGACUGCUAUUUUGUACAAACUUAACUUUUGAUAACUCAAGUAGAAGUAAUCACAACUUUUAGCUUCAGAUUUAGUAAUAUUUUAUAAGAUUUUAGUUGGGCAUUCAACCUGAUC